AGAGAGGAUGGAGAUGGAUGAAGAGGACUACAACUUUGGGAACACCAGCUCCAACGACAGUGACGACUACGACGACUACCACUCGGUGUGCGACAAAGCCGAGGUGCGUUCCUUCGGCCGUCUCUUCCUGCCCGUGGUCUAUGCCUUGGCCCUGGUGGUGGGCGUGGCGGGCAACACCUUAGUCGUGGUGGUGUACGCGUUGCCGCGGCGACUGCGGACGCUGACGGACGUGUGCAUCCUGAAUCUCGCUGUGGCUGAUUUACUCCUCCUCUUCACGCUGCCCUUCUGGGCGGCUGAUGCCGUGCACGGCUGGCGGAUCGACGUGGCCGCCUGCAAGCUCACCUCCUUCCUCUACACCACCAACUUCAGCUGCGGUAUGCUGCUGCUAGCCUGUGUUAGUGUGGACCGAUAUCGGGCACUGGCACACAAUGCUGGAGGCCGGGCUGGGAGUGGCCCGCGGGCCAGGAGACAAUGGAUAUUAGUGUGUGCCGUUGUGUGGACCACAGCUAUUUGCUUGGGCCUGCCUGACAUGGUGUUCUUCACGGUGAAGAACACAUCCCACGGGCUGGCUUGCACAGCCAUCUACCCCAGCAGCAUGGCCCGAUCGGCCAAGGCUGCCUUGGAGCUGCUGGAGGUGCUGCUGAGCUUCCUGCUGCCUUUCCUGGUAAUGGUGGUGUGUUACUGCUGGGUGGCCCGGGCGCUGGUUAGGGUCGGAGCCGGGGUGCGCAGGGAGAAGAGGUGGCGGGCCCUGCGGGUGCUGCUGACCGUGGUGGGGGUGUUCCUGUUCACCCAGCUGCCCUACAACCUGGUGAAGCUGUGGCGGACGCUGGACGUCAUCUACGGCCUGGUGACCGACUGUGACCUCAGUAAAGGUCUGGACCAGGCUCUCCAGGUGACGGAGAGCCUGGCGCUCACACACUGCUGCAUCAACCCAAUGCUCUACACCUUCAUAGGCUCCUCCUUCAGAGGAUACGUCCUCAGGGUCGCCAAGAGCCUAGGGCAGCGCCUCGGGGGGAGAAUGCGCGGUGGUCGCCACGGCAACGAGGAGCCGGCGGUGGAGAUCUCGCUCAAUACACACAAUUCCGCUGGGCACACACACUCACACUCUGUCUCGGAGGACGAGGACACCAGCACCUUCACCAUCUAACAUGUCUAAAAACUCAGAAGUCUUAUCAUGGUAACCAAAAAGGGCUACUGCGCAAACACUUCUACUGGAUUUUCUAGGGGCAAUCUAGGAUUCAAUCAGCAACAAAGCAGUCCAUCAAGCGUAUAUUUUGGGGUUCUGAUUCGGUAAGACAGUUGAAUUAAGCUCAUGAGGCAUUUAUAAGUUAGAUUCUUCAUGAAUAAUUGGCUAUCAUCAAUUUUCAAGGUCCAAAAAUGAAUGUGUACCAAUCACAGAUCGCCCCUUAAGCAGUUGCUCUAUACCAGUAUUACUAGAAGCCUGUGCUAUACAUAAAUAACUGUUAAGUAACUUGAUAUCUAGAUGAAUGUCUGUAUUUGUAUAGUUGAAUAAUGUAUUAUUUAGUAUCUAGUCAAUCUUUAGUAUUGCAUAAGCUUUUGUAAAUAAAACAAGUUGUUUUUAUGUAACCACCCCCCAUUAUUAU